GCACAAGCCGCUCUUUUGGGGAAUUUGUGGCGCCAUCGUGUUCCGCAUGGCCUUCUUUGUGGUGGGCGAAGUGCUGAUGCAUGCCUUUUGGGCGACUCACUUCUUCCUGGGCUUCUUCUUGAUCUACACCGGCUACAAGAUCCUCGGCAUGGAAGAAGAUGAUGAGGAUGUCCCGAACCAGAACCCCAUCUUUCUGUGGCUCAUCAAGAAGAUCAAGCUGAUCGACUCCUAUUCGCCUGAGCCAAAGUUCUUCGCUCAGGCUUCAGUGGAUGCGAACACCCAGGAGCCUGUCUUGCCGGACUGGUCACCACGAAUGUUGCCGAAGGAUUGCGAUGUGAACAAUCCCACCAAGGGCCGCGACUUGACCUAUGGGACCUAUGCAACACGCCUUGUGUUGGUGGUGCUUUGCCUUGAGCUGACUGAUGUCGCUUUCGCUGUCGACUCUGUUUCCGCCAUCAUCGCGCAGAUCCCGGAUUUAUUUCUGGCGUAUACUGCCUGUGUUUUCGCGAUGCUAGGGCUCCGUGCCACCUUCUUUGCCGUUGAUGAGCUGGUGAAGCUCUUUACACUUCUGCCCUAUGCCGUGUCGGUGAUCUUGAUGUUCAUUGGAGCCAAGCUGGUCUUGAGAGGCUGGAUUCAUAUCCCAGCAGAGGUCGUUUGUGUAACCCUCGUUGGAGUCCUUCUAGUCAGUAUUGUGGCUUCAGUGAUCUUCGACUAUUUCAAGCCAAAAGAGGAUGAAGACGAAGAGGUGAAGCCUUACAUGAGCCCCUUGGGCUCUUCAGAAAUGAAAAUUGCCAAGGCUGAAGACACAGAUGCGUGAGCAACUCAUAUGCAUGUGAUCCAAAAUAAUGCAAAAUAAUGAAAUUUGUAAUGG